AUGACGGUCCACACGCCACAGAGAGCGGCUAGGCUGCAGACUCACACGUCCGCCCCCUCCGCCCCCCUGGAGUCUGGCGGGGAGUGGAGAGUACGCAGCCUACGGCGAGAGGGCUACACGGUGCAGGUGAAUGUGAACGAUUAUCUGGAUAUUUACUGCCCUCACUACAACAGCUCGGGGGUGGGCCCCGGGGCGGGGCCGGGCCCCGGGGGCGGGGCGGAGCAGUACGUGCUGUAUAUGGUGAGCCGCGCCGGCUACCGCACCUGCAACGCCAGCCAAGGCUUCAAGCGAUGGGAGUGCAACCGUCCGCACGCCCCCCACAGCCCCAUCAAGUUCUCGGAGAAGUUCCAGCGCUACAGCGCCUUCUCGCUGGGCUACGAGUUCCACGCCGGCCACGAGUACUACUACAUCUCCACGCCCACCCACAGCCUGCACUGGAAGUGUCUGAGGAUGAAGGUGUUCGUCUGCUGCGCCUCCACAUCGCACUCCGGGGAGAAGCCGGCCCCCACCCUCCCCCAGUUCACCAUGGGCCCCCAUGUGAAGAUCAACGUGCUGGAAGACUUUGAGGGAGAGAAUCCCCAGGUGCCCAAGCUUGAGAAGAGCGUCAGCGGGACCAGCCCCAAGCGGGAACAGCUGCCCCUGGCGGCGGGCAUCGCCUUCUUCCUUAUGACCCUCCUGGCUUCCUAGCUCCGCCCCCUCCCUUGGCGGGGAGACGUGGGGUUGGGAAAAGGCGGGGAGACGUCGACCUCCCUUGGGGAAGCCUAGCUGUGGGGCCUAGACCCGUCCUGCGGCGGCUGGCAGGGGGGUCCGCACCGCACCUCCGUGCCCGCCCCCUUUGCCCCCUCCCCCCCCGCUCUCCCCGUGUAGGGCACUGGAGUGGACCAGAUGCAGGGCCAGCUACGGUACCUUUCUCAGAUCCUUGGUGCCUCCCCUGUUGUCCCCGCCAGAGACAGAUAUGCCCCAGAGCGAGCACAUCGAGCGCGGGAGGCACCCCCAUCAUUCUCUGCUCGGGGCGGACCCUGGGGAGGGGACUAGAUGGGUGAGGGGGUGGCAGCGCCCACUGCCCCCUCCCCCUGUUUACAGCAAUAAGCACGUCCUCCUCCUCCCACCCCCGCCCCCAGGAUUGUGGUUUGGAUUGAAUCCAAGUUUACAAGUAGACACCCCUGGGGGGGGGCGGGCAGUGGACAGGGGUGGCAAGGGGUGGGCACUGGGGUGCCAGCAGGCAUGUACAGACUCUAUAUCUCUAUAUAUAAUGUACAGACGGACGACUCCCUCCCCCUCCUUGAGUCCCUGACCUUCCUUGACCUCCCCUUCCAGCUUCAGACCCCUUCUCCACCAGGCUAGGCCCCCCCUGGGGGGCCCCCUGGCCCCUCUUCUGUCUUCUGUGAAGACAAGGCCUAUGCAACGCACAGACACUUUUGGAGACCGUGAGACAACAGCGCCCCGCCCCCCCAGCCCUGAGCCGGGGACCCCAGUCCCGGAACUCCAGUCCCAGGACCUGGCCCCGCCCACCCUCCGUGGCCCCACCCAUCUUCCUGGGCCUUUUUCAAGUGCUUUGGCUGUGACUUUCAUACUCUGCUCUUAGUCUAAAAAAAUAAACUGGAGAUAAAAAUAA